GUACAGCUACGGAUCUCCUCCUUCAGUCUCCAUUUUCACUCCCAUUUUAUAAUUCCCUCUCCUAUUUCCCUUUUUCCCAUCCCUAAAUAAUUCCCAUUUUCUCCUCCGCACCGCCGUCAUGCGCUCCGCCCUCCUCCUCCUCGCCGUCUGCGCCGCCUCCCAUGCCGCAACAUUCAGAGAAGCCCCCCAAUUUUUCAAUUCCCCGGACUGCCCUUCCCAGGCCGAUGAUCUGGAGAAACACAAUGAGGACGGACAACACCAUUGCUUCAAUCAUGCCGUCCAUGUGGCGAUGACGUUGGACACCGCUUACAUACGUGGCUCCAUGGCCGCCGUCCUUUCCGUCCUUCAACACUCCUCCUGUCCUCAAAGCGUAAUUUUCCACUUCGUCUAUUCCGCAUCCGCCAACGCGUCAUCUCUUCACGCCACCGUCUCCCAUUCAUUCCCUUACCUCAAAUUCCAACUCUACCCUUUCGACGACGAAGCGGCCUCGCGAUUGAUUUCCAUGUCAAUCCGAUCCGCGUUGGACUGUCCGUUGAACUACGCGCGUAGCUACUUAGCCAACCUCCUUCCCACUUGCGUUGCUCGAGUCGUGUACCUUGACUCGGACCUGAUCCUAGUCGACGACAUUGCCAAACUCGCCGCCCAUCCACUCGGCGGCGAGUCAGUCCUCGCAGCGCCGGAGUACUGCAACGCCAAUUUCACCGCCUAUUUUACGCCGUCGUUUUGGUCCAACCCGUCUUUGUCCUUAACGUUCGCGAACCGGAAGGCGUGUUACUUCAACACGGGUGUUAUGGUGAUCGAUCUGGACCGGUGGAGGGCCGGGGACUACACGACCAAGAUUGAGGAAUGGAUGGAAUUGCAUAAGAGAAUGAGAAUCUACGAAUUGGGGUCGUUGCCUCCGUUUUUGUUGGUGUUCGGCGGGAGGAUUUCUCCGGUGGAUCACAGGUGGAACCAGCACGGGCUCGGUGGCGACAAUAUCAGAGGACUCUGCAGGGAUUUGCACCCGGGUCCGGUCAGUUUGUUGCAUUGGAGUGGCAAAGGAAAACCGUGGGCUCGAUUGGACGCGAACCGGCCCUGCCCUUUGGACGCCCUUUGGGCUCCCUACGAUUUGUUACAGACCCCAUUUUCAAUCGAUUCUUGAACCUCCAUUCAUCGUUGGAGGAAUCUAUUCGGAGCUGAAGUUAUAUAGAUUUUUUUUUUUUUUUGAAAAUAAAUAAAUAAUAAUAAAAUAAUGGGAUGAACAUAGAGGAAUAUAUUCAUUUUUUGUGUACUAAAUUUGAAUGUCAAUAACCAAUC